AAAGUUUCUGAUUCUUGCAAGCAUCAAAUCUAAUGGCUUGCUUAACCUUAAAAGCUACCUCCUAUUUCACCUGUUCAACUGAGACUUCUCUCCCUUCUCUACCCUUCAAACCCCUCAAGCUACCUCUCUUUUGGCCAUGGCAAAAGAUCAAGGUGGGCCCUCUCAGUGUGUCUCCAAUGGGGUUUGGAACUUGGGCUUGGGGCAACCAGCUUCUCUGGGGUUACCAGGAGUCAAUGGACAGUGAGCUUCAACAGGUCUUCAAUAUUGCAGUGGACAAUGGCAUCAACCUUUUCGACACAGCAGAUUCUUAUGGAACCGGAAGGUUGAAUGGAAAGAGUGAAAAGCUACUCGGAAAGUUCAUCAAAGAUUUUCAAGGGCAAAGGCGGAAGGACAUUGUCAUUGCUACAAAGUUUGCAGCAUACCCUUGGCGACUAACACCAGGCCAAUUUGUGAAUGCUUGCAAUGCGUCGCUAGAUAGAAUGCAGAUUGAUCAAAUAGGAAUAGGACAGUUACAUUGGUCCACUGCUAACUAUGCUCCUUUGCAAGAACGAGCUCUUUGGGAUGGUUUAGUGGCAAUGUAUGACAAGGGUUUAGUUCAAGCAGUUGGGGUCAGCAACUAUGGACCAAAGCAGCUACUAAAGAUUUAUGAUUACCUCAAUGCUAGAGGAGUCCCCUUAUGCUCAGCUCAGGUGCAAUUUUCUUUGUUAAGCGUUGGUGAUGAUCAGUUGGAGAUCAAGAAUAUAUGUGAUUCACUGGGUAUCCGCUUGAUUGCUUAUAGUCCUUUAGGACUUGGAAUGCUUACUGGGAAAUAUACACCCUCAAAUCUUCCAAACGGCCCUCGGGGGAUCCUGUUCAAGCAAAUCCUACCAGGACUGGAGCCUUUGCUAAGAUCACUUAAAGAUAUUGCACAGAAAAGGAAUAAAACUAUACCACAAGUUGCGAUAAAUUGGUGCAUUUCAAAGGGAACCAUACCCAUACCAGGAGUCAAGACUGUGAAACAAGUAGAAGAAAACUUGGGUGCACUAGGUUGGCGCCUUAGCUCACAGGAGCUUCUUCAAUUGGAGAAUGCAGCACGUGAAUCACCCCGAAAGAUGAUCCAAAACGUUUUCCAAACAAAGUGAAAUACAGUGUACUGAUAACAGUGUAGUGCAAUUUCCAAAUGGGGCACUGAUUCACUGAAUUCUUGUCAAUUAAUUUUGCACACAAGCAACAUUUGUUGGCAAAAAACAAGAUUAAUGUGCUUAAGAAGAAUAGAAGAUGCUUGUAUACAUGAGUAGUUUAAGCAUUUCAAAUGUUUUGGAGAUCUCAAUAGAAACACCCAACAGUCCAACACCACCAGUUUCGCUCUGAUAAAAACAUUUGGGUUUAUUUUCUCUCGUCACCACUGGACCAGGAUCCGGCCAAAGAAGCCGAAGCUGGCGUGGUCAGAGUCUCAAUUAGCUG